GGUGCGCGUCAGGCAGCGAACCUGCUCCCUCGCUCGCACAUGGUUGCCCGCGGACACCCGCCUGUCCUCGGUUCCGGUCUCCACAGCCGCGCGUCGCCAUGGACCGUCAGCCGGCGCUGACCACGAUCGGCUUCGCCGUGCUGGCCUGCAACUCGGCGCUCGCCAUCCGCAGCUCCUGGGGCGACGCGGGCUCCGUCGCCUUCGUGCUGGCCGCCGACGCCGCGCUCGUGCUGCUCUUCCUCUGCCUCCGCAGGUUCGAGCACGCCGGCGGGGGCGGCCGGAGCACCAGGGCGGCGGUGUGGGCGCUGACGACGCUGCUCACGGCCAUGUUCGCGUCCAGGGUCGCGCCGCUCAUGCCGCCGGCCGCCGGCGCCGUUGUCUGGGCGAUGGCAGCGGCGACCGCGGCUGGCGGCUUCUGGGCGUUCUUCCUUGCUUAAUUACUCUCCCUGAUGAACCGCGAUCCCGCGGAAUCCACAGUUUGUACCUUCGGACCUUCCUGCUGGAGCCGCGAUGUCUUGUGUGCUUCUCUGCUUUCCUCAAUACUGUGCCCCGAAGCUAAUUCUGCUAGCGACCUUGACCCUAAGUUUCGAAACUUACGGUCGAUCACGUGUCCCAUCCGAUACCCUUAUCUUCUCCCAUUAGUCUAACUUAUCUUUUUCUCACUUCCAAUUUCCAUUGUCCUUGGACCAUGAUUUCUCCGUCCGCUGGCCAUCGGAGUAGCUCAGGGCCCCACCCCCGCACCCUCUAGCCGCCGGGAGGCGCUCCUAGUCGUAGCACCCUGGCCUUCGAGCUUGGUGGCAUUCAGCAACGGCAGGCGGAAGGCGGCGCGGUGUCCCCGCGCGGCAGGGAGUUUCGCAUCUCCGGCAACGGCGAGGAAGGAACGCCCAGCGCCCCAGUCCUCAGAGUGGCGCGCGGGCCCACCGCGAGUAACUGCUACCAACGGCGAGCAAGGGAGCGGCAGUAGGGCCCAGCGGGCUCUAUCGUGCCGGAUCCGCGCGGAGACUGUGGAGCGUGGCGGCGAGCCCCGGCGAGCUCGGGUCGUCCGCAUUUUUUUCUAUUUUUUCUGUUCUUUUAUUUAACGGGUUUGUGCGUUCUUGCACCUGUUUCAAACUCGAAUGGUGAUUUUACUCCUAUCUUUUUAACUGUA